GCGCAACUAUUAUUUGUUCUUCUGUAGAUAAAGGUUAAAGACCUCAUUUUUUAUCUGCCCUUUCAAAAAAGAUAUAUUUCUGUGAUAAUUGAACUUGAGAUGGAUAAGCUUAUCAUUUUUAAUAGAAGAACGGAAAAUAUACUUACGUAAUUUAUAUACCGUGUUCAGUGCAAGAGUAAAUUUCGACAGAUUUACUCAAAAUGCAUGCGUUGCUUUUUAUGUUGGUAAUAUUGCCAGUAAGUUCGGCGUCUCACAAGUUUUCCAUCGUACCCGUAACUUCUCCAGUUCAACAUGGGGAAGGCCCAAUUUGGGAUGGAAAAACGCAAUCCCUAUACUACGUCGAUACAUUCAAGGCGACACUCUUAAAAUGGAAAUCAUUGGAAAAUAAAACAGUCUACCAUCAGUUCGAUGGAGACUCUAUAGGUUUUGUCAUUCCGGUGAGAUAUAAUAGAAAUACCUUCAUAGUAUGCAGGGACCGUUACAUAGAUAUCUUAAACUGGAAUGGCUUGCAUAAUAACACAGGCGUACUCAGGCAUAUGACAUACGUUGACCAUUCGUGGGCAAAUAAUCAAUUUAACGAUGGAAAGGUUGACGCAAAUGGACGAUUGUGGGCUGGUACUUUGACACGCAAUAAGGAUCUUAGUGUAAGCAGUGGAGGUGGUUCAUUAUAUAUGAUCCACGGGGGUUGCGGCCUCACUGUGGAGAAGAAGUUGUCACCUAUAUCCAUCAGUAAUGGAAUAGCCUGGUCCAAAGAUAAUAGAAAGAUGUUUUACAUAGAUAGUGAAACUAGAAGGAUUGAUGGAUACGACUUCAAUUUGAUCACCGGAAGUAUAGGAUAUCAGCGCACAGUUUUGGACCUUGCCAAUUAUCCAGAAAUAAAAGGAAUACCAGAUGGUAUGACAAUUGACACCGACGACAAUUUGUGGGUGGCAAUAUAUGGCGGAAAACUGAUCUUACAAGUAAACUCAACGUCGGGAGAAAUCCAGCAACGUAUUACAAUGCCAGCAACGUAUGUCACCUCGGUGGCAUUUGGUGGAGACAAUUUAGAUAUCCUAUACGCGACUACGUCUAGACUCAAACUUACCCCGGAAGAAAUUUUACAAGAACCGCUCGCUGGAUCAGUGUUUGCAAUCCAUAAUUUAGGCGUAAGAGGACAUUCCGCUCAUCAUUAUCAGUUCUAGCACAAUCUGUAACAAAAAAAACUAUUUAGCACAUUUACUUUGCAGAGUAAUCAGUCAACAUUUACAUAUAUUUAUUAAUGCAAUUUAAUAAAUACUGGUGGUCACUCA